AUGCUGCUCUUGGGACAGAAGACGUGUCCGAAUGGCAGCAUUCUUGGGGAACUGGAGGCUGCAGAUGAAUAUGAGGUAUUUAAGCUGGUCUUCUGUGAGAGAACCGAGCUGGAAACGCCCACACUUGCGAUUGACAAUGCCGACAUACGUGUUGAAAUCAUCAGAUUCCCGUUUGCACAAGUGCAGGCACUGGAAUCGAGUGUUGAAAUCUGA